AUGUUACUCUUCUUUAUUUUCAUAGUUGUUAAAAACAUUGGUGCUGUUGACAGCAGCAUUGCACCAGAACAAACCAUCAUAUCUUCAAGUGAAGGCAGCAACAUCACACUGACCUGCACAUAUGAUGAUUCAGCUUACUCUCUCCACUGGUAUCGACAAAAACCUCAAUCAGGACCAGAGUUUCUGCUGCUGAUUCAGAAAUCUACAGAUUAUGUCACUAAAGCUGAACAUCUUGACCCACGACUAUCCAUCAAACUUCACAAAACGAACAAGAAAGUAGAUCUGGAGAUCUUUCCUGCUGCAGUAUCAGACUCUGCACUGUACUACUGCACCAUGGAGCCCACAGUGACACAAAACUCAAACAGACUGUACAAAAAGUCAGGCUGCAUGUUUUUCUCAACGCAGUUCGUCGGUAGUCCACCCAGAGAAUGGAAGGGUACUGGCAGUAAUGGCAGGUUGUACUACCCCCACUGGACAAGACUCUGGGGUAACGGCUGCAGGUUCAUCAUGUAUAGGUUUGCCAUCAAGGUCACACUGGACCGCUUGGUGACAGAGCUGAGGGCUACUCAAGUGCCCCGGGUGAUGAACAACUUUGAAGUCAUACUACCCAAGCUUCUCGAGCCAGAAGCCUCUCUGGCCAAAUGUCCCUCUGGUUCUCUCAUCCUCAGGAGCCAGUGUAAGGUACUAUGGUCUGUGUGUACAGUGAAGGAUCUGCCCAGCAGGUACUGA